GCUCGGGGAGCGGCUGAUACCCGAUCGGGCGGCGGAGACGGCGCCGGGCCGGGAAAAAGUACGAGUCCCCUAAUGCCCAAAUAAGGUCUUUACUCUUCUGUCUUUCUGCAAAAACAUUCUCUGCAGCCAUGGAUGAAUAUAGCCGCUUUGUGGAUUGGGACAAGAUGGAUGCCACAAUCCAGACACAGGACUCAAAGGAGCUAAUCUGCACAGAUUUUCAGGAGUUCAAACAGCUUGCCCGACAGGGCUGUUGGGCCAAGAAUCACUCUUUGAGAGCCAAAGUAUACCUGAAGCUAAUUGGCAACAUCCCAUGCCGCACAGUGACACCAGAUGCAAACGUGUACCGGGAUAUUGUUGUGAAGAUCAUUGGCAAGCGUAACACUGGCACCCUCCCAUUGCCAGAGUUUGUGGAUAACAAUCUGGUGCCCAAUUACUGUUUGAAUGCUGAGGGCAUUGGAGCAGUCAGAAAGAUAAUCUGCUGCAUUGCAAAUCAGUUCCCUGACAUAUCAUUCUGCCCAGCGCUGCCUUCUGUGGUGGCUCUGCUCCUCCACUACAGCAGGGAUGAGGCAGAGUGCUUCGAGAUGGUUUGUCGCAUCCUUGCCUGCAAUGACCCAUCCAAGCGGCUCAUUGAUCAGACAUUCCUGGCAUUCGAGUCCUCCUGUAUGACCUUUGGUGACCUGGUUAACAAGUACUGCCAGGCAGCACACAAGCUGAUGGUGGCAGUGUCUGAGGAUGUGCUGGAGGUGUACUCUGACUGGCAGCGGUGGCUCUUUGGAGAGCUGCCCUUGGUGUAUGUUGCUCGGGUCUUCGAUGUGUUCCUAGUGGAGGGCUACAAGGUGCUCUAUCGGAUUGCACUAGCCCUUCUCAAAGUCUUCCACAAAGUGAGAGCCGGGCAGCCCAUGGAGUCGGACAAUGUGCAGCAAGACAUUCGAGCUUUUGUUAGGGACAUUGCCAAGUCAGUGUCUCCUGAGAAGCUGCUGGAGAAAGCCUUUGCCAUACGGCUUUUUUCCCGGAAGGAGAUCCAGCUUCUGCAUAUGGCCAAUGAGAAGGCCCUACAGCAGAAAGGCAUCACAGUCAAACAGAAGAGCCGCUGCACUCCUCCUGUUUGCAGUGUUUCAUCUUCUAAAAGACAGAACGUGCACUUGGCAGUGCAUGCUGAGAACUUCAAGUCCGAAAUCGUCAGCGUGAAAGAGAUGAGAGACAUCUGGUCCUGGAUCCCAGAGCGCUUUGCACUUUGCCAGCCCCUAUUGCUUUUCACCACCUUGGAGCAUGGCUGCAGCCUAAACAGGUUCUAUUCUCACAGCGAAGGACAUGAACCAACUCUUCUCGUGAUCAAGACAACAGCCAAAGAGGUCUGUGGCGCUUAUUUGUCAACUGACUGGAGCGAGCGCAGGCGAGGAGGGAAUAAACUGAGUUUCUUUGGGACAGGAGAAUGCUUUGUAUUCAGGCUGCAGCCAGAAGUGGAACGCUAUGAGUGGGUGAUAAUCAAGCACCCCGAACUGGCCAUGACUACUUCUGAGCCAGGGGCUAAGUCCACGCAGGCUUCCACUGUCCUGUCCUCCAGCAGUAUCCCCUCGGACUCCUCGGAUCGUCUUUCCCCCUUCCUAGCUGCUCGUCACUUCAACUUGCCUUCCAAAACUGCUUCCAUGUUCAUGGCUGGCAGCAAUGAGUGCAUCAUCAUAGGAGGUGGUGAUGGGCAGGCCCUCUACCUUGAUGCAGACCUGAACCAUGGGAGAACCAGCCACUGCAAUACUUUCAAUAAUCAGCCACUGUGCUCUGAAAACUUCCAGAUCUCUGCCAUGGAGGUGUGGGGCUUCAAGGACACUAUGAAUGUCUGA